AUGGCUAUGAAAAAGGCCCUUGUGUUUGUCAUAUCGAGCAUUUUCAAUGUUUCCUUUACGCAAGCUCUCCAGAAAAGCCUCAUCGUUGACACAGACCUCUACAGCGAUGUUGAUGAUGCUGGGGCGUUGUUGCUAGCAGCGACUUUGCCUGAUCUGGAUUUGCUAGCUGUGAACGUCAAUUACCCAUCGUCAUUCUCGGCCCUUGCCGCUUCAGCCAUACUCUCGCACUACGGACAUGACAAAGUUCCCAUUGGCAUCCCGCGGCCACUCAACAAUAACACAUUCUUUGAUGGCUGGUUCUUCGAACUUGGCGAAUACGCAAGCAAAAUCGCCCACGGAUGGUCUGGUGGAACUUUGCUUUGGGGUCAUGCAGAAGAUGCAAGAGAUCCUGUAGAUCUUUAUCGGGAGACACUGUCUAGAGCGGAUGAUGGUAGCGUGACGAUCGUUUCGAUCGGCUUCCUCGAUAACAUAUCCGGUCUUUUGAACUCUUCGAGUGACUCCCAUUCAGAACUCAGCGGUAGAGACCUUAUCUCUCGAAAAGUAUCAGAACUGGUUAUUAUGGGUGGCUUUUACCCGGGCCCAGGUCAUAGUUGGAAUUUCUGGGGCUCCAACCCGGGGCUUGCAGGUCAUGUUAUCAAUACAUGGGAACGGCAUAUUCCGAUUGUCUUCAUUGGGGAUGAAGUCGGAAAGGACGUAUUGUCAGGUGGGUCGCUCGUUGCUAAUGGUCCCGCUACGGAUCCAGUGCGCAAGGCCUACAUGUAUUACUCACUCCUGGAGCCGCGGUCUUCGUGGGAUCCUUUGGCGGUUCUCUACGCCGCACAGGGACUCGGUACUUAUUUCCAAUUUGGAAAUGAGCAUGGAUACAACAAGGUGUUGCAGAAUGGGACUAAUCAAUGGGUCUGGGACGAAGCGGUCACAAAUCAGCAUUUCCUGCGACUGAAAGUCAACAACGAGACUGCAGCGGAGGAAUUAGACCGUUUGUUCCUGAAAGGAGCCCAAUAUGCGAUGACUCAAGGCAACGGGACGCAGCCAUCUUUUAUAAAUCUCACUCAGCCUCGUCCUUCUCAAAACCAAGAUCCAGCGGCCAUGGCACAGCACUUUGAUUACAACAACCUGAACGAUGAAGACUAUUUUCCGUCCUGGAACAAUCUUCCGGUUUUCACGCUGAUGCACAUUUGUUUUCUUGCGGAGAUCCAGCAAUGUGACGGCGUUAUGCGCUACCGGACCCUUGUCAAGGAUGGCGAUGGCGAGGUUCGUGUCGUGGCGUUCUAUCCGGACAGCUACGAAGGGUUCGACUUUGGCCAGCUGAAGAGGGGUCACACCCUGGCCAUUAUGAAUGCCCGCCAGCACCAAUUCGGUGAUGGAACGUACGGUGUUAGAGUCGAGAAUAUGGAUGAUGUCUGCGUCUUCCCCGCUGGUCUCCAAACACUGCGAUCACUCGGUUCGGAGGCGGCGAUAUACGCUGUGGACGGCGAGAGCGCACAGUGGAAGUGCCAUGGCUGCGACGUCGUCAAGCCGCACGGUCAGAUGAGUCGCUGUGGGCAGUGCAAGACCUACGCCUACUGCAGCAAGGAGUGUCAGGCCAAGGGCUGGACAGAGAAGGGCCACAAGUCUGGGUGCAAGGUCCUGCGCGGUCCCAACUUCUUGUCGCUGUUGAAGCUUGACUUCAUGGAAGGCCCGGAAGAGGAGCCUUUCAGCUUCCAACAAUGUUGA